AUGUCAUCUUCAAACACCACCACAACAACAUCCACACCAUCAUCGGAUCAAUCCAAAACUGAAAUUGAAUUUGAAGUGGUUCAGACUGGAAUUUAUGGACAAAAGGAUUUCAGAGAUGCAAUAUUGUUGCAAUCGGCCAAGGAUUGUCCAAGUGUUGGAAUCAAGAAGGAAGUAGAAACUCAUACCUCUUUUGAUAAUCAUGUAUUAAUCUAUGUUUCUUCUGGAAACAAACCCACUGGUGGCUACUCAUGCGUGAUCAAAAAGGUUCAAUUCGACCCUGAGAAGAAUACCCUCAUCAUUCAUGCCAAGGAUGCUGAGCCCAAAGAUUCGUUUGCGACCAUGGCGCUGACUGUGCCGUUCUCUGUGAUACGAAUCAAGAGAUUGGACAAACCUUACGAAAAGGUGAAAGUAAGAUGGUUGACGAAGAAGAAGAGCAAGGAGGAACAAUAG